GUGACCUCACAGGGCUCUCAGAGUGGUCUAGCCAGCAGCCCGGUAUAAAAUCUGCCAGCCAGAUGUUUCUUCGUCACAGUAAGCUGCUGUACAGCUUCCAAACACAGGCAGUAAAAUACUGAGAGAUAAAGGGAAUGUUCGCGUUCAGGCUCAUCUGGGUCAUUUGUUUCAUCUUGGAGGAAACUCAUGAAUGGGGUUUCAAGAACGGAGUACUGCACAACUCAAUAUGGCUCGAGCAAGCAGCAGGAGUCUAUCACCGAGAAUCACGCAAAGGGAAGUAUCAGCUCACUUAUAAGGAAGCAAAGGCCGUGUGCAAGUUUGAAGGUGGGAACCUGGCUUCAUAUGAACAGCUGGAGGCAGCUCGCAAAAUAGGCUUCCACGUGUGCGCAGCUGGAUGGUUUGAUAAAGCAAGAGUGGGCUACCCCAUCGUGAAGGCUGGUACCAACUGCGGCUUCGGAAAAGUCGGCAUCAUCGAUUAUGGCUACCGGCUCAACAAAAGCGAGAAAUGGGAUGUCUACUGCUACAACCCGACGGCAAAACAGUGUGGAGGUAUCUUGACGGAGCAGAGGAGAAUUAUACAGUCUCCUGGUUAUCCAGAUGAAUAUGAAGAUAAGCAGAUAUGCUACUGGCACAUCAGAGUGGGCUAUGGCCAGAAGAUAGUGCUGAAAUUCCUUGACUUUGAUGUGGAGGAUGACCUUGCCUGUCUAGCAGAUUAUCUGGAAGUCUACGACAGCUAUGAUGAUGUAUCUGGCUUCGCAGGAAGGUUCUGUGGAGAUGAAUUACCAAACGACAUCAUUAGUACAGGAAAUGUGAUGACGCUGAAGUUCUUGUCCGAUUCAUCUGUCACAGCAGGAGGCUUCAGACUUGAAUAUGUGACAGUGGACACACCAUCUUCCUUUGGCAACAACUCUUAUAGUUAAAGACAAAAGAAUGAUCAUGUAGGGUCGUCUGUGUUACCAAGAAACAAGAUUGAAAAAUGCAUUUUUAAAAUAUACUUUUUGCAAGACUGUAUAACAAGCAUUAAAUGCAUAAUUUAGUUAUGCACCCUGACCCUUAAGAAAAAUUAUUAUAUUUUUGUAAGAUGCCCAGAUAAGGUUUUAUAAUUGAAUACUGUUCCAUCUAAUUUUCUUUCACAAUUUACUGAAACGGAUUAAAAUUUUUUUCAACCUUUUGUCUUCAAGUAAUCAAA